AUGGCGAUCCGAAAGGCAGUCAAAGGAACUGCUGUCGUAGCAAGUGGAGGCUUGGUAGCCUUUUAUGGCCUAACAAAGCUGACCGAAUACAGGAAAAAACAGGCUCGACUCUCGCGCGUGGAGGCGGUUGAACAGGUGAACAUGGCCUUCCAAGAUGAGCUCCCGUCCAGGCAAGCCCAGCUAACGGCCUUACGCAACACCCAGGAGUUUGAUGUUCUCGUUGUAGGGGGAGGAGCCACGGGCUCAGGUUGUGCCUUAGACGCCGUGACACGGAAUCUUAAAACUGCCCUGGUGGAGCGAGACGAUUUCUCAUCUGGGACCAGCAGCCGGAGCACCAAGCUCAUUCACGGAGGAGUCCGAUAUCUACAGAAAGCCAUUGUGAAAUUAGAUUACGAACAGUAUAUGAUGGUGAAGGAAGCACUGCAUGAGCGUUCCAACCUCCUGAAUAUCGCCCCUCAUCUGACUGCACUUUUACCCAUCAUGCUCCCCAUAUACAAGUGGUGGCAGCUUCCCUACUACUGGGCAGGGAUCAAGAUAUACGACCUGGUGGCUGGAGCCCAGUGCUUGAAGAGCAGCUACAUCCUCACCAAGACCAAGGCUCUGGAGCUCUUUCCUAUGUUGAAGAGAGACAAACUGGUCGGAGCCAUUGUCUACUAUGAUGGACAACACAACGACGCUCGAAUGAAUCUCGCCAUCGCCCUCACUGCUGCCAGGUAUGGGGCUGCCAUAGCCAAUUACACUGAAGUGGUGCACCUACUGAAGAGGGUAGAUCCUCAGAUGGGCAAAGAGAGGGUCUGUGGAGCGCACUGCAGGGACGUGAUCACAGGGCAGGAAUUUGAUGUCAGAGCCAAAUGUGUUAUCAAUGCCACAGGACCUUUUACCGAUGCACUGCGGAAAAUGGAUGAUCAGAAGAACCCCAACAUCUGUCAGCCCAGUGCUGGGGUGCACAUCGUCAUCCCGGGCUAUUACAGUCCAGACAACAUGGGGCUCCUGGACCCAGCCACCAGCGACGGACGCGUCAUCUUCUUCCUGCCCUGGGAGAAGAUGACCAUCGCCGGGACCACAGACACGCCCACGGAGAUCACACCGCACCCCAUCCCCAUGGAGGAGGACAUCAACUUCAUCCUCACGGAGGUCCGCAACUACCUCAGCCCCGAUGUCGAAGUGAGGAGAGGAGAUGUUUUGGCAGCCUGGAGUGGUAUUCGUCCGCUGGUCACAAACCCCAACUCCAAGGACACUCAGUCAAUCUGCAGGAAUCAUAUUGUCCACAUCAGUGACAGCGGACUGGUCACCAUAGCUGGUGGGAAAUGGACAACAUAUCGCUCCAUGGCGGAGGAUACCCUGGAUGCUGCAGUCAAGGCCCAUAACCUUUCUGCUGGCCCCAGUAAGACAGUGGGCCUGAUGCUAGAGGGAGCUAAAGACUGGACUCCUACCAUGUACAUCCGCCUGGUACAGGACUAUGGCCUGGAGGUGGAGGUGGCCCAACAUCUGGCCUCUUCCUACGGAGGGAGGGCCUACGAGGUCGCCAAAAUGGCCCAUGUCACCGGCAAACGAUGGCCCAUUGUCGGCAAACGCCUCGUAUCUGAAUUCCCCUACAUUGAGAGUGAGGUCCAGUAUGCCAUUAAAGAGUAUGCGUGCACGGCCAUUGAUGUGAUCGCCAGGCGCACGCGGCUGGGCUUCCUGAAUGUGCAGGCAGCCGAGGAGGCCCUUCCACGUAUCGUAGACAUCAUGGGAAAGCAGCUGACGUGGAGUGAGCAGAGGAAGAGGGAGGAGCUAUCUGCAGCCAAACAGUUCCUGUAUUAUGAGAUGGGCUACAAGGCUCGCUCAGAGCAGCUGACCGACACCUCCGAGAUCACCCUCACUCCUGCUGAGGUGGGCAGGUAUAUGAAAAGGUUCCACAAGUUUGACAAAGAAAAUAAGGGCUUCAUCACCACCGUGGAUGUUCAGCGGGUAUUAGAGAGUAUCAAUGUCUAUAUAGAUGCAGACACCCUCCAUGAAAUUCUGAAUGAAGUUGACCUCAAUAAAAACGGACAAGUGGAAUUUAAUGAAUUCUUGCAGUUAAUGAGUGCUGUGAAGAAGGGCCAGGUGUCGGCCAACCGUCUGGCCAUACUGAUGAAGACGGCUGAACAGAGCCUGGACCAGACAGAGCCCCUCGAGCAAAGGGAACCUGUCGACCAGAGGAAGCCCGUGUCGGUGGACCGUAGCGGGGGAGGAGUGUGA